GGUUUCCCUCCUGGCUGGUACGGCCGUGAUGAACGGUACGGCCGACCCGAGGGCGCUUCUGAGAGGCAUCACCCUCGAGAUUGACAGAGUAGCCCUCGGGGCUGAUGAAGACGAAGCCCUCGAGGACAGGAUCCUCCGGUCUUCCCUCACAACCUGCAUUGCCCUCGGGGAGCAAGCCCGGCGGCUAGAGGAGUGGCGCCUUCGCAAGGCCGAGCAGGAGGCCAAGAUGCGGGAGCUCAUCCGCCAGAAUGCAGACGCUGUUCGGCAGAUGGCUAUGCUAAAGGAGAGCCUUCGGCAGAUGACCCUGCGGGCGGAGGCCGCAGAUCGGGGUAGGGCAGAAGCC